GUAGGCGUGACAACUUUAAUUAUUUAAUAGAUUAAUUAUUCGUAGAUUUAAUUAAUUAACCAGGUAGGUAGCCCAUUUUUGGUGUAAUGUCUUCCAAAUAUGGUGCACCUCAGCCUUAUUAUCCUCCAGACUGGGCCAAGGAAUUAUCAGUCAUUCCUAAAACAAGAAUUAAGUUAGCACAAUUACCUACCCCAAUACAUUCUUGGUCAGUCCCAGGGCUACCUGAUGGAUUCCAACUGUACAUUAAGAGAGAUGAUCUUACUGGAUCUACUCUCAGUGGUAAUAAGGUUCGUAAGUUGGAGUUCAUAUUUUCAGAAGCAUUAGAUCAAGGUUGUGAUACAGUUAUAACUGGAGGUGGCCUGCAGUCUAACCACACCCGAGCAACUGCUGUAGUCGCUAAAGAACUAGGACUGAGUUCACUUAACAUCCUUUACUUACCGCCAGAAAAAACGCACGAAUCAUCACUAAGCAGUAAAGAAAAGGGAAACUUACUAUUGAGUUGCAUGGUUGGAGCAACCAGUGAAACAGUUCCAUUUUUAGCAGCUGAAACAAGAUUCAAGCAAAUGGAAGAAUACAUGAAAGCAACCUCUGAUAGACUGAUAGUUAAAGGACAUUUGCCUUGUAUUGUAGAGUUAGGUGGUGCUAAUCCAACUGGUGCUUGGGGAUACAUAGAAGCAUUUCAAGAAAUGAUUGAUCAGGGAAUAUUAGAAAACUUUGAUGAUAUAGUGAUGUGUGCUGGCACUGGUGGAACUGCUCUUGGAAUUGGGCUAGCUAGCUAUCUAACUGGAUCAAAACUAAAAGUCCAUGCAGUGUGUACAAAAGCACCAAGCACUGUAGUAGCUACUAACAUUAACAAAGAACUAUCAAAGAUUAAGAAAGAAGGAAUGGACAAUCAUUUACAAUGCAGUGACAUUGUUGAUCUAAUUGAUCUUCACACAGACACCAGCAUAAAGAAAGAAGACUUGGAUUUCCUGACACAAGUUUCAACAAAGACUGGCAUCAUAUUGGACACAACAUUCACCCUCAAGACUGUUAUAUGCAUGCUCCAUGAGAUGAAAUACAAUCCUGAGAGAUUCAGAGGACAGAGAAUACUGUUCAUGCAUACAGGUGGUUUGUUUGGUCUAUGUGAUGGUCAGUUAGACCCAGUACUGGUACAAACACCAGAUACUAAUAGAAUACGUUCCAUUCAUGAAUUCAUUGAUGUGGUAUGACUGGAUGUGAUUGAUCCCUUGGGAAAACCGUAUCCACUUACAAAAGUCCCUUGCUUUUCUAAUUCUUACUUGACUAAAAACAGUCCCUUCCCCUUUUCUCUCUCGCACAAACUGACAGCUAAAGAUAGUCUAUUGACUGCGUUAUUUGUGUAAUAAUUUACAUUAAAUUUUUAAAUCAAUAAUAAUAA